AUGCCUGAGCCUACAUUGAAGUCAGUGACUGCAAACCUCAUAUCAUUUGAUUACUUGAGAAAGCGAUCUCUGGAGGAGUUGCUUUCAAUAUUUCAAGAUAUAAACGAUAAAGAGUCCUCAGGUAUCAUCACAAUUGGAAAUGAAGUCACACAUGCAAGCAAUCAGAAGUCGGAUGGGGGACAUCUUCUUAUACUUGAAAAAGAAUUGACUUCUAGAAUCAAUAUAUUGUCGUCUUUCUCGAAAUUGAAAGAGUCGACGGGAAUCUCGAAAGUGAUUUGGCUAGAUUAUGAUGAUGAACAUACUUACGAUUACAAUGCACUUCUGAAACAGUUUGACAGUGUAGUGAUUAUACUUUUAAAUCGAUCGCUUAAUGAUCUUAAGAAAUUGGCCACUUUUUUGAAGAAGAAGCUUUUAAUUUUCAGCUCACCUUCCAAGUACACAAAUCUCAUUACAGUUGAUCACGGUAUGGCACAAUCCACAAAAAGCUUUUUCCAAGAGCAAGGAGUUUGGGAAAACCUAUCUAGUGUGUACAGCUGGAAGAUGGGAACUUUCGCUGCCCUUGAUAAUGAUAUUAUAACGUUGGAAAUGGAGAAUGGAGGGCUAGGUCCACUUUUAAGAUAUAAUACCAUUAGGCCUAUUGAAGAGAUGGCAAGCGCUCUGCUUCGGCUAGUUUUCGAAUCAAACUAUAAAAUAAGAAUUACAAACGUGUAUUUGAAAGGAAAUUUGUCGACUAAGUUGUGGAAGAUUUACCAGAAGCUAUACUCUGAACAUUUGACACAAAUGUCUGCAAACGAAAGAAAACGAAUAGAAGACCAAGACAGUACGUUAUUCACGGAUCAAUUCUCAUUUUUCAACAGAAACGUUGAUUUUGUGUGUCUUGAUCGCGGUGUGGACUUUGCCAGCUGUCUUUUAAGUGAGCUUUGUUACUCUGGUCUUUGCAAUGAGGUAUUCGGUACAAAGCUUGGGAUUGUGAACUACACGCGGGACAACAAGGAAAAGAUAAACAUCCGGCUUGGAGACCCUAAAGAUAAGAUAUAUCCGAAGAUUAGAGACCUCAACUUCUCGAUGGUUGGAUCCGUUUUGAAUGAAAAUGCGAGGGAGCUCCAGACAGAAUAUGAUAAGCGAAGUCAAUUGAAGAACAUAUCUGAGAUGAAGGACUUUGUGGAGGGGCUUAAUGGAUUGAAGGAGAUGCAAACAUUUGUCCAAAAGCACACAUUACUUGCAGAGCAUAUUGUCGAUGUAAUAGCACCGUCAAACAGCAAUGAGCAGCUUAAUGCAAUAUUUGGCAAGAGUGAGCUCAACCAGACAUACUAUGAGCAAUUCAUCGAUCUACAGCAGAGCAUUGUUGCGGACACGUUAGACAGUAAGAGCAACUGUACGGCAAUACUUGAUUUUAUGUAUAAAUAUGACCCGGACAUAAGCGAUGUCGUUAGACUCUUAAUCCUCACGAGUAUAGUGAAGUCAGGAAUUAGAGAGCAGGAGUAUAAAAUGUUGAAGGAAGGGAUAUUAAAUAAUUACGGAGUUCAGUACGUUUCGCUAUUUCUGAGAUUGCAAGAUCUGCAUCUUCUUUAUUCUCGGGAGCCUCAGCUCAACUUUCUCUCCACACGUACAACAGUGAGCGAUACGGACAAGGAUGAUGUGCAGUUGAUUCGGAAUUUCAAGUCGGUUGUCAGCAGCAUGAACCUCAUGCCGGUGGAAGAGAGCCAGGAGCCGUCGGAAGUCGGGCAGCCAAGCUUUGCACUUCCCGGAUACGUUCCACUUACAACAAGACUUGUCGAAGCAAUUUAUGACCGAGACUUCCUGUCAGCAGAAGAUGGAUCGAGAAAGCAGACCACCGCUAAGAAUGCUAGAUAUAGAAAAUACGGCUGGGACAACCUCCGCAUGAGUGACAUCAGUGGUGAGGUGUAUCAGGACUUGUUGGUUCCAGAAUCCAAGAGGGGUCUUUUCUCGACUUUGAUCCCGCCAAAACUGGCAUCGCUCAGCAGCCGUUAUCACGUGAGGAGGGAUAUGAUUAUCGUGAGUAUCAUUGGUGGAAUCACAUACAGUGAAAUAGCCACUAUCCGGUACGUUCUGUCGAGAAAUGAAUCAACCAGGGGUAAGCAGUUGCUAAUUCUCACCACGGGGAUCAUCAAGGGUAAGGAUGUGGUGGAGUCGCUCAUCUGA